UAGAACUUUAGGACUAGGAGUGGAGUAUUGGACUAUUGGUUGUUGAAACUGUACUUCAAUCACAAAUCAGCAGCUCUCUUCUUCGCCCACCAGCCAGCCAGCCAACUACUACUGCUCUCCUUUCUCCCCCCAUUAGCUUCCUUUCUCAGCAUCUAUGGAAAAUGAGCCAUUCCUCUCUACCCAGCCGCAGCUCCAGCCAAUCCCAGAGCUCUCCUCCUUCGCUUCUCUCCCUGAGCCUCUCUCCACUCCCCUCAUCUUCCAUGAAAUCGAGCCCCACCCGCACCCGCCGCCGCCCCUUCAGACGACGACGUCAUCUUCCGAUUCUUCCCCUCCCGCAACGACCCAUCUCCGGAAAAUCCGAUCACUCCAGCGCUCCAAGACAGCUCCGGCCAUGGUGGUCAUGCGGGACUUGAAACCCACAAAAACCCCUCAGUUGCCCCGACCCAAUUCCGAUUCCACAAGCUCCAUCGUCCGGCGAGCGAUCUUCCUUCUCUCCCUCUACCUCUCCCUCGGGGUCAUAAUCUAUUCGCUUAACCGGGACAAGUUUUCCGGGUCGGAGACCCACCCGGUGGUCGACGCACUCUAUUUCUGCAUCGUCACCAUGUGCACAAUCGGGUACGGCGACAUCGCUCCCUUAACCCCUGGUACGAAGGCCUUCGCCGUUGUGUUUGUCCUGUUUGGUUUCGGGUUCAUUGACAUACUGCUGAGCGGGGUGGUCAAUUACGUCCUUGAUUUGCAAGAGAGGAUGAUCCUGGCCGGGAUUCAGAUGGGGAAAUCGCAGCAUCAGCAUCAGCAUCAUCGUCAUCACCAUCAUCGGGAUAGGUUUUCGGCGAGGAAUUACAUCGUGGAUGUUGAAAAGGGUAGGAUGAGGAUCAGGUUGAAGGUUGGCUUGGCGCUUGGGGUUGUGGUUUGUUGUAUUGGAAUGGGAGCUCUGGUUCUUUGUUCUGUGGAAGGUUUGGAUUGGGUUGAUUCGAUUUACUUGGCAGUAAUGUCUGUUACCACAGUCGGGUAUGGUGAUAGGGCGUUCAAGACGUUGCCUGGGAGGCUGUUUGCAGCUGCUUGGCUUCUGGUGUCGACGCUGGCGGUGGCCAGAGCUUUCCUUUACCUGGCUGAGUUCAGGGUCGAUAAGAGGCACCGGAGGAUUACCAAUUGGGUAUUGCAUAGGGAUAUCACUGUUGAGGAUUUGCUUGCUGCUGACAUGAACAAUACCGGUUUCAUUAGUAAAUCGGAGUACGUGAUAUACAAGCUCAAAGAGAUGGGGAAGAUUGGGGAGAAAGACAUAUUGCAGGUCUGCAACCAAUUCACCAAGCUUGAUCCCAACAACUUGGGGAAGAUCACAUUGCCUGAUCUUUUGGAGAAUCGCUUGUGACAAAUAUACAAUGAAGCCUCUGGUAUGCAUUGCAGGCACUCUGAUUCUUCCCUCUGGUAUUGGUAAGCAGAAAGUACAUACAUACAUAAUGUAGGAGAGGCAAACAAACAGCCUUUUCAGAUCAAUGUAAGAUGGAAUUUAGCAAAGAAAUCUUAUGAACACCUUUGAUAGCUAGAGAAUUUCAUUCUCUCUCUCUCUCUCUCUCUCCCGGGUAGAUUUUAUUGCAUCCAAUUCAUCAUCUCCCUCGAGACAACUGAUAGGAUCAUAAUGUACAGUAGUUCGAGGGGAUCGAUAGUUGUAUGUUCUUAGCUAGAAUCAUAGAACAUUUGUACUCGGGUCAGUCGGGUGUAUUUAUUUGCUACAUG